AUGCCUUCUUUCGUAAAGAACCUCGUCCACUGGAAUAUCCAGAAAGUCCAGAUGCCUAUCCAACCGCCCGACGACCUAUGUGAAAUAUGUGGAAUUAAGCCCAAGUUCGUGGAAGGGGAAGUCAAACAUCCGUAUUGCAGCAGGAGCUGCGCACGGAAUGGGGGGCAAGGUCCGAGCUUGAGUGCAUGUGCCCUUCAUUCUUGCCGUGCGACAGGCAAGCCGGCCUUCAUGGGUUUCUGUUCAGAAAAGCAUGCUAGGGAUGGUGUACGUGCGGGUCAAGUGAAAGCGUGUGAUUCGUGUCAGAUACAACCGAGGAGCGCUGCAAGCAGUCUGUGCAUUGGAUGUGAAAGACAUUCUCGCUCGGGCCCGCGAAUGAAGGAACUGGCGUUAGAUAGUCAGGCCUUCAAGACUCUGAGAGACCAUUUCACCGGGUCGUGGUCGUCUAGAGAAGCGGCGUCGCUGUCCGUUGAGAAGGUGUACGAAAUCACCGCUAGUAGGGAUGUACGCACCAGGCAUGACACUUAUCGAACUUCGCAUCCUGUCUCCGAACAGAUCCGAGUCUAUCAUAGUAGCCAGUGUAUCUGCGACCUUGGUACGAAGGGUCCUGUACUCUGCGAUUUCCGGUCGUGUGGAAUAUGCAACAUCAUCAAAUCGUCCUUCAAGACGUUGGCUUUCGGUGUCGCUUGCAAUAAUGGCAGGUUCGGUGACGGGAUAUACUCCUACAGAAAUUCGAGUUUAGCGGACCAUUUUUCCACAAGUUGCACGACGUCUCCAUACCGCGUGAUGAUCGCUUGCGACGUGGUUAUCGAGCCAGGACAGUCUCCCGGUGGUUCGCAGUUGAGUCCGAACGAGGAAUCCAUUUUCGUGACUUCGGCUGAUGCCAUCAUCCCGAGAUACGUCGUGAUGUAUGUCAAACAUUGA